GAGAGGAGGACCAGCAGCCGGACCAGAACCACCCUCUGCCGUCCUACCUGGACUAUCAAACCAAUGGCUCAGUAAAAUCCUACCAGACUGGCUUCUUCCCGAGCCGUUGCUCCGACAGCAGCGUCCACAGCUUUGAGCUGAGUCUGGGGACGGGGAUGGACUCUGGGGGCCCCUGUGACCGCAGAGACUCAGACCUGGAUCCAGAGACCAGCACAGACCUGAACCGGUUCUGUGACGGACCGCUGAAACCCAAAACCUCCUACAGGCUCAGCGUCCGAGCGUUUACUCAGCUGUUGGAUGAGGAGCAGAAGGACCCCAGCUCUCCUCUGUACAGCGACACCUUCCUGUCGCCACCGGUGGUCACCGAGGCCGAGCCUCUGAGCGGUGUGAUGGAGGGCGUCAGUGCCGCAAUGUUCCUCGUCGUCAUGGUGAUGGGAGUCACUGCUCUGCUGCUCUGCAGACGAUCGGCCCGCAAAGAAGUGCAGCAGAGAUCCACAGUCAGGAUGAAUGUGAGGAGAGAGAUGCCGUCAUCAGGAGUUCACAUGGGAGUCAGAGGAAACCGUCGAGUCUCAAGUCCCAUCAGGAUCCAGAACUUUGAGAGUCACUACAACAAACUGCAGGCCGACUCCAACUACCUGCUGUCAGACGAGUAUGAGGACCUGAAGGACGUCGGUCGAAAUCAGCCGCUGGACUCGGCUCUGCUGCCGGAGAACCGAGGAAAGAACCGAUACAACAACAUCCUGCCCUAUGACUACCGGGUGAAGCUGUCCUACGUGGAUGAUGAUCCGUGCUCCGACUACAUCAACGCUAGCUACAUGCCGGGGAGUAACUUCCGGAGGGAGUACAUCGCCACACAGGGUCCUCUUCCUGGAACUAAAGAUGAUUUCUGGAAGAUGGUCUGGGAGCAGAAUGUCCACAACAUGGUGAUGGUCACUCAGUGUGUCGAGAAAGGAAGGGUGAAGUGUGACCAUUACUGGCCCUUUGACCAGGAGCCUCUGUACUACGGAGACCUGAUCGUCCAGAUGUUGUCAGAGUCCGUUCUUCCUGAGUGGACCAUACGAGAGUUCAACAUCUGCAGCGAGGAGCAGCUGAGCUUCACUCGUCUCCUCCGUCAGUUUCACUACACCGUCUGGCCGGAUCACGGAGUCCCAGAGACGACGCAGUCCCUCAUCCAGUUUGUCCGGACUGUGCGGGACUACGUCAACAGAAGUCCUGGAUCUGGACCCACCGUGGUCCACUGCAGUGCCGGAGUGGGUCGUACAGGAACCUUUAUCGUUCUGGAUCGAGUGCUUCAGCAGCUGGACACCAAGGACACGCUGGAUAUCUACGGCUCCGUGUUUGACCUCCGACUCCACCGCUCACACAUGGUGCAGACCGAGUGUCAGUACGCGUACCUCCAUCAGUGUGUUCGUGACGUUCUCAGAGCCAGGAAGCUCCACAGUGAGCAGGACAACUUCCUCUACCCCGUCUAUGCAAAUGUGAACUACAACUCCCAACGAGAGACCCUGUGCAGACGAUAAAGAUUCUAUAGACUACUGAUCUAUAUGUUUGACUACUGAUCUAUAUGUUUGACUACUGAUCUAUAUGUUUGACUACUGAUCAAUAUGUUUGACAACUGAUCUAUAUGUUUGACUACUGAUCUAUAUGUUUGACUACUGAUCUAUAUGUUUGACUACUGAUCAAUAUGUUUGACAACUGAUCUAUAUGUUUGACUACUGAUCAAUAUGUUUGACAACUGAUCUAUAUGUUUGACUACUCAUCUAUAUGUUUACUACUAUGUAUCAUGCAGGACUGUACAUAAACGUAAUAUCUGUGUGUAUUUGUAUAUAUUUCUUAUAUUUCUAAAUUAUGUGUUUUUAUUGUUUUAUGAGUUUCAAUAUUUGCACAUUUCAGUUUUCAUGUAAAACACACUCUGUCCUUAGUCCCUCACAUCCUCUGUCCUUAGACCCUCACAUCCUCUGUCCUUAGUCCCUCACAUCCUCUGUCCUUAGUCCCUCACAUCCUCUGUCCUUAGUCCCUCAUAUCCUCUGUCCUUAGUCCCUCACAUCCUCUGUCCUUAGUUCCUCACCUCCUUUGUCCUUAGUCCCUCAUAUCCUCUGUCCUUAGUUCCUCACCUCCUCUGUCCUCAGCAUAUGUCACAAAUGAUUGAUAUAGUGAGAGUAGUUAAAGCAAUAAUAGUAUAAAUGACUACUACUACUACUACUACUAGUACUACUACUAGUAGUAAAUAAUAAAUGUGUAUA